AUGAAAAACAAAUGGUUAGAGUUUUUCUCAACCCCUCUAGAAACAGAACAAAUCAAAAUCACCACCCUUGAUAUCGGAAAACUGCAAAAGGAAUGCUGCUGGGACUCUACCAUCUCCUUUGAUGAAUAUAAGAAAUUAGAAUCCCACAAUGGAGUCAACUUUAUCCCAUCUAAACCCACGCUUGUAUCGUUUGCAACCUUUGGGGAUUAUAAAUCCUUGGAAACAAAACGGCUUAUAAACUACCUCUCAAUGAAAGAAGUAUCCCCUUAUAACUAUAACUUUGAUGAAGUCUAUAGAUUGUACAAUAUUGCAUCAUGUCUGAUUUCUUUUAUCCAGAUUUUCCAAACCAAAAGCCAAAAGGAGUUUUCUCUAGAAUUAUCGAAUUUCAUCGACACCUCAGCACCCGCUAACGUGAAAACUGACAUUGAACGCUUAUGGAACAUGUUAAAUACAGCAAAUUCUAACAGACUUCACAACAUGGGAGAUUAUAAUACCUUUUUCACAGGGGCUUUGGUUUCUGCAUUAAAGCACGUUCAACCCUCCUUAGUCUUUGUACAAACUUACAAAAAAGCCAUGAGGAUUGUUGCCCAAACGGUAUCUCCCUUUCUGAACAGUAAUCUUCAAAAAUACUUGGAUACCCCAAACAUCUUGACUUUUGAUUACAUUUGUUGGGUCAUUAGUAAAGAAAUUCCUCGGAAACUCAGACCAGAAGUUUUCCUGUUUAUGGAUGAAGCAUUUUUUGGUUCGGUUUUGACCAUUGCGCCUGCUGUUUAUGAAAACAUGAAUAUCCAAAAAUCCUUUUUGGAAACUUCUAAUGGUGCUAUUUCAUUUUCACGGCUGCUACGCAAGUCUUUUAAACUAGAGCCUAUAAUUUGCCCGAAGCAAGAAUUGUGCAUGUUGAUGCACAUGGUUAGCCAUUCUGUUGUUUUUGAUUCUUACACCAAUAUAGCUGAUCAAAUCUCUGAAAAACUGACAAGUAUUGAGAAUAUGGGAUAUAGUAGCGACCCCAAUCAUUAUUUUGAAGCUGAUGAUUAUGACCAUUUUAUUUUUUCUAUGAUUAGCUCUCUUCAAUCGGCAAGCUCCUCACCAACCAUUAUUAAAGCCGGGGAUAAAUAUGUCAAUAAGCAAGUGUUUUCUCCUAGCUUCGUGCCAAAUGAUAUUAACAAUUUACCGGAGGAAUACCAAAGUGAGGUUAAAAGAAGACAAAAUGAGUCUGCUAAAAGCACUAAUAAUAAUAAUAAUAACAAUGGCAAUGGCAAUGGCAAUGGCAAUGGCAAUGGUUACAGAAAACGCCAAAGAUAUCGAUACAAUAAAUAUUAUUGA